AUGUAUGAUAAAAGUACAAAACAAAGAUCUUUAAAAGGGUAUAAUUAUAAUCAACAUGAAAAAGAGAAACAAUCAAAAUUUACAGAAUUAAACUCAAUUAAUCAAUCAAUUAAUCAAAAUCAUAAAAUAUUUGAGUUAUUAAAUAAAAUUAGAUCAAAUAAUGAUAAAAUCGAAUCAAUAAAAUUACCACCACCAUAUCAAAUAAAUUUUAAUCAAAAUUUUCAACACAACCCGACAACACAAGAAACCAGCUUUUAUCCUAAAAUAAACGAAUCAAAUUUAAUAAAUUAUAAAUAUGAAUUUCAAAAAAUUUUUUACUUAUAUCAUGAUUUAAUUAGUUUAAUUAUAAAUUUAAAUUGUCAAAUUAAUAUAAAUAAACUUGAAAAUUCAAAAUUAAUUGAUCAGAUUUUAUUAAUAUUGACGAAUAAUUGUAAUGAUACUCAAACUAAUGGUCAUGGUAGACAAAUAAAUGAUGAAAAUAAUCUGGAAAAUUCUGGAUAUAAUGAUAAUAUCAUUAAUGAUUUUUUACAAAUUUACGAACUGAACUUCGAUGAAAGAGUAGGAAGAGAUAAUAGUAAAAAUCUCAAAUUCAAACCUUUCAAUGAUGAAAGUGUUGACAAUAAUAGGAAUUCUAAAAAUAAUGAAAAUAUUGAUUCAACAACAUUAACUUUAGAAAAUCUUUUUAAUCCAAAAGAAGAAUUUGAAUCUACUAUUGGAUCAUACGAUUUAGGAUAA